AUGGCUUUGCUCUUCCGCUUCUUGCAGGCUUUCGCCUUGCUUCUUCUCGCCAGCACAGUUGCCGCUGAACAUACCUCCAAUUGGGCGGUACUAGUCUCUACAUCCCGCUUCUGGUUCAACUAUCGUCACCUCGCCAAUGUUCUCUCAUUAUACCGAACUGUCAAGCGUCUCGGUAUUCCCGAUUCGCAGAUCAUUCUCAUGCUCCCCGAUGAUAUGGCUUGCAACCCCCGAAAUGCCUUCCCAGGAACCGUAUACAGUAACGCGGACCGUGCUGUCGAUCUCUACGGCGACAAUAUCGAGGUGGACUACAGGGGCUACGAAGUAACCGUGGAGAACUUCAUUCGACUGUUGACUGAUCGCCUCGACGAAGACGUGCCGCGCAGUAAGCGCUUGGGAUCUGACGCCGGAAGUAAUGUGUUAGUAUAUAUGACUGGGCAUGGAGGCGACCAGUUCCUGAAGUUCCAGGACGCAGAGGAGAUUGGCGCAUGGGAUCUGGCGGACGCAUUUGGACAAAUGUGGGAGAAGAAACGAUACCACGAAUUGCUCUUCAUGAUCGACACUUGCCAGGCCAAUACAAUGUACACCCACUUCUACUCGCCCAACAUUGUGGCCACAGGCUCCAGCGAGAUCGACCAAUCUUCCUACUCUCACCACGCAGACAACGAUGUUGGUGUCGCUGUGAUUGACCGCUGGACAUAUUAUGUCCUUGAAUUCCUCGAGACCCAGGUGACGAGCGUGACUUCCAAAUUGAACUUGGGAGACCUGUUCGAUUCCUAUGAUGAAUCGAAGAUUCACUCCCAGCCAGGUGUCCGGUGGGAUCUUUUCCCUGGAGGCGAGCAAGAAGGUCGCCUGAGGACCGUUGUGGACUUCUUUGGCAAUGUCCAGAACGUGGAAGUCGAGAACGCCAACGCGACUGAGCCUGGUUCUCUGAAGGAAGAUCUGGCUGAGAUCGCGCGGCUUGUGGAGAAGUGGCAGAAGCGUGACGAGGAAUAUUCAGCUAUACUCGGUGACUCUACUCGAAAUGCCACCAACAACUUGCAUCCGUCAUCUUCCCUGCAUCUGAAACCGAAGAGCAGUGUUGGGCCUACCAAGAUGGGCGAAGACAACAGCUGGGGAAAGCGGCUAAUUGGAAUUUCUGUUGUUGGUGCAUGCACUGCCAUCUGGGUCGCGGGGGCAAUACUUGGUCGCUCAGCUGUUUAG